CGAGUUUAUAAGAACAAUCGAUAUUGAAUUUUUUUUUUAGUCGACCAUCACUUGCUCUGUGUUGCCCUUUUCAUCAUUGGCGAUUUACGGCUUGUAAAGGACAAUAUUUUUUUUUGUAAAAUUCAACUUGUUAUCGAUAAAAUUUGAAACAAAAUGUCUUCAGCUGCUGCUGGUCGUUUGGCUAAACCAAAACUUCGCCGUCUCUUAUUGGAUAGUCUAAAAGUUCAUAUUCCAAUUGCUAUUGGUUUAGCUGUGGCAACACAAUUUAGUUUGAAAUUUUUCUUCAAAGAUGUUCGACGUGAAAAAAUUGCAGAAUUUUAUCGAACAUAUGAUGCUGAAAAAGAAGCUGAACGUUUAGAAAGAAUUGGAUUCUUUGAAAGAAAAGGAUAACGUUAAUGAUGGUUGAAGUAAAAUCAAGAUCGAAAUGUUUGAAUCGAUCAGUAAUAACUGUUAAUUGAUUAUU